CUGCAGCAGCAGCAGCGGUGCAAUGAGAGAAGACGUCGUAGCGCUUCGUCGUCGUACUACUACCUCCGCCACCAGCGAGUGUUUUGUUGUUGACGCGUCUACUUCCGCGUUGCUGUCGAUUUUGACGCGGCCGCUGCACGAGGCGGACCUCCGGAGAUCGACGUAUAAGUGAGUUAACGGGGGCCUCUGCGAGAAAUUUUGGCUGCUGCCGCUGCCGCUGUUGUUGUUGUUGGAAACGUCGAUAAGGGUGUAAAUAAAGCACUGCGACAAUGCUAUGGCCAACGACGACGACUACGCAGUCUACAAUUGGAGAGAUCAUUCGGCAUCAAGGGGGUCGGCAGCGGCGGACAGAGCGACGCGAAAUCUUCGCCUGCGGGGCGGCGGCGGACUACAGAGAAAUCGACGAGCCUCAUCGGACGGCGAGCUAGCCCAACAGCAAGAGAAUCAUCAUCAGCAGCAGCAGAGAGGCGGCCGAGAAGUAUGCCUGUUUCACGAGGGCCUCGACGUCGAUCAGUUGGCGCGCUAUCGGCGCAGGCAGACCAAGCCGGUCACCAAGGACCAUCUGGGCUACGCGGCGGAAAGAGAGCAACGCGGACGACGACGACGACAACAGCAACAGCGAUCGAAUUCCGACGAGGACGAGGACGAAAACGACAAGCGUCGAUUGGUCACCGAGUACAGAUUGAGAUUUCACGCCGCCGACAGCAUCGAGAAUCUCUUCGAGAAUGAGGAUGUACAGCUGACACCCGAGACAGCGCAACUGCCCGACCAAACCGAUCAAUUUGAACAAAAAAACCCAGAUGCAAUUAGCGAAACAAACUCACGAGCUUCCAUUAGUAAUCCCAUGCCCGAUUUCAACGAUGAAACACAAAUUGAUUUUCCUAAAGUUACAAAUGAAAAACAACCGAUCGAACGAGUCGUCGACGAGAUCAAACAAACGGAAACGACGAUCAUGACCAGACCGGCGCUCAUACGAAGAGGCACGACUCUGCGCAACGAGGGCGACUUCACCGGCACGACCGAGUACUCGCGUUUCGUGCCGCACUUGGGCUUCCAUCGUGCGGAGCUGCGCCGUCGGGGCACGUCGCUGCGCAUGGAGGGCGACUUCCAGCGCGAGAGGAGCCAGAAGGUCGGCGACUGGCCCGCCACGUCGCGGGACUGGUUCGCCGCCGCCGCCGGCUGCCGACCGGCGCCCGUCAGGAUACCUUCGAAUCUGCGCCUCGAGGGCGACAUGCAGACGACCACGGAGAGCCACGAUCAGUAUGUGCCCUUUAUCGGCGUCAAGAGGCCGGAACUGCUGCGCCAGGCGGCGCAGCUCGGACUCGAGGGCGACAAUUGUUGGGCGCCAGAGUACAGCGAUGUUUUUAAAAAGCAUAAUUUUUUAGAUCGCCGAUUGACCAAAAAAGCAGAAACUCACCCUAAACCAGAUAGUGGCUUCUUUGAAAAAACCGAAGCGACCAAUGAUUUUUCUAAUUCACGAAACAAGGAAUUCGAAUUGAUGGCUAAUUUGUCGAGGGACGCGGAAGAAGAGGACGAAGAGUUAAAAAAGCGCGAAGAAGAGCAAACGUUCAAGAAUAAGAACGAAUACAACUUGAGAAAAGAAGAAGAACUGAAGCUUCUUGUAUCAAAACUCGAGGAUCUCAAUGGAAAUUCUCUAGACGUUCCAGAAUAUCAAGCUGCUUAUAAGAAUUUCCCUCGAGAAAGGCCUAAAUUAAUCAAACCGGCGGACGAAAUCGGCCACGCCGACGGGAGUAAAAUUUCCACCAUGCCAAGCCCUCGGCGCUUCAAGACCAAAAUCGAUCAAGAUCCGGAAUACAAAUCGAUCUUUCUAAAUCCCGAAUACAAGUCCGGAUCGAAUUCCGACCUGACGCGGGAUCGGGCAAUUUUUUACAAACCGCCGCACCCGCUCAGACCGUCGAUCUCGUCGAGCCGAGCCAGCCUGAGAAUGGACUCCGUCAACAAUCGCAGAGGCUCCAGAAUGUCGAUGGCGCCGAUGAGCGAGAUUCGAUCGCAGUACGUGAAUUACGGCCACGUACCCAGGACGGAAAAUUUGCGAAUACCAACCAGUUUGAAGCUGGAGGGUAACAUAAAUUUGGAGCCGGAGUAUCGCGACGCCUUCUGCAUGAACAACAACAACCACAACAACAACAUCGGCCAUCAACGCAGAAUGUCCCGCGUCGAUCAGAGCUCGACGAUGAUCAACGACGCGUCGAAAAACCGAAGGGAGAGCGGAGGAGGACACUGGGCCGAAAAUUAUAGCGGCGACUGUUUCGGGGCCAUCAACGCCUCGGAGAGUCAGGACGCGUUUCAAAUAUUGCAUACGCGCGUGCACGAGGAGAGCGUCGUCGAGAAGCCACCGCCAGGGAACAGAAGAUUAAGUCAAUCGCGCUCUUCGCUGGUGAGCGUAAAUUCUCAGCAAUUGGAAUCGACGACGAAGCCACCCCCCGCAGCGCUACAGAACCGUUCGCCGAGUCCGUCGUAUCGACUGCAAGUGACCCACGUCGACAAGGAUCAGGGCGCCGCUGGUGGCUUCGCGAUGCGAUCGCGCAGAUCUCCGAGUACCCUCGUUCAUCCGACCAAUAUCGAGCGCAGCCCUUCUCCGAUCAAUCAGAUUCCCGCCGAUCGCCCGUACUCGCCGAGUUUCGCGCGUGAAAAUUCCGCGGCCAGCGUCACGCGCUCUCAGGCUUUCGUGGUGCUGCAGGACGAUCAUCGAGAGGCUGCCGCCGCCGCACCGUCGAGACACCGUCGAAAGUCCAUCGUCGAUCGCGGCAGCGGGUACAACAAUCGUCACCGCGACAGUUUGGCAGGUGUCACGCGUCCAACGAACAGGACACCGACGAACUGGAUGCCUCCAUGGUACGACAGCAGCACCAGCACCAUAUAAGAGCGAUUCGACGAUAUCUGAUUUUUUUUUU